CCCUCCCCAUCCUCUUUUGCAGGUGGGAUCAUUUCCCGGAGGCAGACCAGCCAGGAGGUGUUGAAUGCGAAUUCAGCCCCGGGCUAGAAAGCACUGACCAAAGCCUGCAGGAUGGACUUUGUCAUGAAGCAAGCCCUUGGAGGGGCCACCAAGGACAUGGGGAAGAUGCUGGGGGGAGAGGAGGAGAAGGACCCUGACGCGCAGAAGAAGGAGGAAGAACGACAGGAGGCCCUACGGCAGCAGGAGGAAGAGCGCAAGGCCAAACAUGCCCGCAUGGAAGCCGAGCGUGAGAAGGUCCGGCAGCAGAUCCGAGACAAGUAUGGGCUGAAGAAGAAAGAAGAGAAGGAGGCCGAGGAGAAGGCAGCCCUGGAACAGCCCUGUGAGGGGAGCCUGACCCGACCCAAGAAAGCCAUCCCCGCUGGAUGUGGGGAUGAGGAGGAGGAGGAGGAGGAGAGCAUCCUGGACACGUUUUUGGUUUCUAGUCCUGUUUCACUCCCAAAUCGCUUUAAAAAGGAAGACAGCUCUACUCCAGAAGGGAACAUUGAACCAAAGGCACUGGGUGCCCCUCCAGAAGCCCAAGUGGGAGUCCAGGUCAGGGCAGAGGCACUGAGUGGCCUGGCUCUGAAGAAGGCUGUUCCCAGUGAGCCUGCCCUGAGAGAACCUAGCCCUGAGAGCCUGUAG